CUAAAUUUCAGCUCUAAGAAACUGGUAGUGCACACCAACGCCAACAAUGGAUGUUAUCACAGCAUUUUCUCUAGUCAAACUGGUACCGGUCGAGAAACAUUGAUGAUUGACAAAGGUGAAGCUUACUGGGCUAGCAAUUUUGCGUAAGCUAAUGUGUGAUGUGGAGUGUUGAAAUUCGUGGCCAAGUGAGAUCUCUCUUUUAUUCGCUGCUUAUCACUGCUUAUCAGUCCAUCGUCAUAUUGUCAACACCAUUAUCAUCAUCACCAUCAUCAUUGUUGGUGUCGUCAUCCGACUUCGAGACAUCCCGCUUGUCAGUUUGCUUUAGCUGUGCUUCUUCUGCAUAUCUCAGUCUCUGGAAUCAGCUCAUGCAUCAUUAUUUUCCACCCAGAAAUUUCACCGAUCGUUGCUGGGGACCAGAUUCCGAAGUCGGUACUGUUCCAUGCCGCGGUUCCUGUUUUACCUUGGUCGAGGAAAUUUACGAACAUUUUUCAACGCAUGCAGUGAUGCGUGGUUGCGUGAACCGACUUCUGUUGUUUGGUCUCGAUGAAGAUGUCCGUGAUGCACUAACUGUCCAAUCAGAAUGUCGUACAACUGAUCGACAUUUACUUCACCUUGUGGCGCUCACUCCACAAACUGACCUCGUAUACAGUGAUAAUGUGCUCAUGUAUGGGCUCACUAUGCAAUUAUGCCAACAUGGACCACGUCCUGUCGAUCGCUGUUUCCUCUGCAUGCAACGCAUUCCUUCCGAUUCUUAUGCUGAUUUUUCAUUGCACUAUGCACUCUCUGAUGAUAUCUUUUUGAUUCGUGUCACAUCUCAUUCUUUGAAAAUCCAAGGAAGCUAAAAAAACUGCUAGCCUUUUUAUGUAUCUUUGC